AUGCUUCGCGCAAGGCCAGUCGCUUUGGUGUUCCUGGGAGCUCUGCUGACGGGACCCCUGGGCCCAGCGGGUAACCAGGACGCACAGUCACUGACCUGGGAAGUGCAGCGCUAUGAUGGCUGGUUCAACAACCUGAGACACCACGAGCGAGGCGCUGCGGGUUUCCGGCUGCAGCGCCUGGUCCCAGCCAAUUACGCGGACGGAGUGUAUCAGGCUCUCGGGGAACCUCUGCUGCCCAACCCGCGCCGGCUCAGCGACGCCGUCACGCGGGGGCCAGCAGGACAGGCAUCGCAACGCAACCGCACGGUGCUGGGGGUCUUCUUUGGCUACCACGUGCUCUCGGACCUGGUGAGUGUGGAGAGACCCGGCUGCCCCGCCGAGUUCCUCAACAUCCGCAUCCCGCGCGGAGACCCCGUGUUCGACCCCGAACAGCGCGGGGACGUGGUGCUGCCCUUCCAGAGGAGCCGCUGGGACCCCAAGACGGGACAGAGCCCCAGCAACCCCCGCGACCUGACCAACGAGGUGACCGGCUGGCUGGACGGCAGCGCCAUCUAUGGCUCCUCGCACUCCUGGAGCGACGCGCUGCGGAGCUUCUCCGGGGGGCAGCUGGCCUCGGGGCCCGACCCCGCCUUCCCCCGGGACGCACAGGACUCGCGGCUCAUGUGGACCGCGCCCGACCCCGCCACGGGCCAGCGCGGGCCCCGGGGGCUGUACGACUUCGGGGCGGAGCGAGGGAACCGCGAGCCCUUCCUGCAGGCGCUGGGGCUGCUGUGGUUCCGCUACCACAACCUGUGGGCGCAGAGGCUGGCCCGCAACCACCCGCACUGGGGGGACGAGGAGCUGUUCCAGCACGCGCGCAAGAGGGUCAUCGCCACCUACCAGAACAUUGCUCUGUAUGAGUGGUUGCCCAGCUUUCUGCAGGUAACGCCCCCAGCGUAUACAGGGUAUUGCCCUUUCGUGGACCCCAGCAUCUCCCCGGAAUUCCUGGCAGCCUCUGAGCAGUUCUUCUCCACCAUGGUGCCCCCAGGCAUCUACAUGAGAGAUGCCAGCUGUCAUUUCCAGAACAUCUCGAACGAGGAUUUUGACAGCUCCCCAGCUCUCAGGGUCUGCAACAGCUACUGGAUUCGAGAGAACCCCAAUCUGAACAGUGCCGACGCGGUGAAUCAACUGCUGCUGGGAAUGGCUUCCCAGAUUUCCGAGCUGGAGGACACGAUUGUGGUUGAAGAUCUGAGGGAUUACUGGCCUGGCCCUGGCAAGUUCUCCCGCACAGACUACGUGGCCAGCAGCAUCCAGCGUGGCCGGGAUAUGGGACUGCCCAGCUAUAUCCAAGCCCGGCUCGCCUUGGGUCUGGGGACCCCGAAAAACUGGACUGACAUCAAUCCCCAGGUGGACUCCGAGGUGCUGACGGCCACAGCUGCCCUGUACCACCAGGACCUGUCCCGGCUGGAGCUGCUCCCUGGGGGGCUCCUGGAGAGCCGAGGGGACCCAGGGCCCCUCUUCCGUGCCAUUGUUCUCGACCAGUUCGUGCGACUGCGGGAUGGUGACCGCUACUGGUUUGAGAACACGAGGAACGGGCUGUUCUCUCAGGACGAGAUUGCGGAGAUCAGAAAUACUUCCCUCCAGGACGUUCUAGUGGCUGUCACCAGUGUGAACUCCAGCGCCCUGCAGCCCAACGUCUUUGUCUGGCAUUCGGGAGCACCCUGCCCUCAGCCCCGGCAGCUCACAACCAACGACUUGCCCCCGUGUGUGCCCCUGACCGUGUCGGACUACUUUGAGGGCAGCGGUCCUGGUUUUGGCAUCACCAUCUUGGCUCUCUGCCUUCUGCCCGUAGUGAGUCUGCUCAUCUCUGGGGUUGUGGCCUAUUUCCGGGGCCGAGAGCGCAAGAAGCUACAAAAGAAAGGCAAAGAGAGCGUGAAGAAGGAAGCAGCCAAAGAUGGGGUGCCAGCGAUGGAGUGGCCAGGCUCUGGGGAGAAGAGCUAUCCUGUCAUCAUCCAGCUGCUCCCAGAUAGGCAUCUACAGGUCCUGGACAGGCGGCUCUCUGUGCUCCGCACCAUUCAGCUACAGCCCCCACAGCAGGUCAACCUCAUCUUGGCCAGCAACCGUGGGUGCCGGACCCUGCUGCUCAAGAUCCCCAAGGAGUAUGACCUGGUGCUGCUGUUUAACUCUGAGGAGGAGCGGGGCACCUUUGUGCAGCUUCUGCAGGGCUUCUGUGCGUCCUGGACCCUGGGCCUCCAUGUGUCGGAGAUGAGCGAGAAGCAGCUGUUCAGGAAGGCCGUGACCAAGCAGCAGCGGGGACGCAUCCUUGAGAUCUUCUUCAGGCACCUUUUUGCCCAGGUGCUGGACAUUAACCAGGCAGGCACAGAGACCCUGCCCCUGGACUCCUUGCAGAAGGUGUGGGAGGCCCUGAUGUGCGAGCUGAGCAGGGCCGAGUUUGCUGAGUCUCUUGGCCUUAAGCCCCAGGACAUGUUUGUGGAGUCCAUGUUCUCUCUGGCCGACAAGGACGGCAAUGGCUACCUGUCCUUCCGGGAGUUCCUGGAUAUCCUGGUGGUCUUCAUGAAAGGCUCCCCAGAGGAUAAGUCCCGCCUGAUGUUCACCAUGUAUGACCUUGACGGGAAUGGCUUCCUUUCCAAGGAUGAAUUCUUCACCAUGAUACGAUCUUUCAUUGAGAUCUCUAACAACUGCCUGUCCAAGGCCCAGCUGGCCGAGGUGGUGGAGUCCAUGUUCCGGGAGUCGGGCUUCCAGGAAAAGGAGGAGCUGACAUGGGAGGACUUCCACUUCAUGCUGAGGGACCACAACAGCGAGCUCUGCUUCACGCAGCUCUGCAUCAAAGGUGGGGGCGGAGGUGAGUAUGUGAGAAGGAGGGAGGAGCAGUAGGAGUCGGGGGAGGGUGUUAGAGACAUUUUUAAAAAAAACAUCAGCCGUCAAGUCUCAUUCAUCACUCGGACUCCUCAGGGACGCUCCUACCUCAAUGGACAAGAGUUCCCUGCCUCAGAAUCCCCAGAGCUGGGAGGCCCUAGGCUGAAGAAGAGGUUUGGCAAAAAGACAGUGGUGCGCCCUUCCCAGCUGUAUACAGAGGCACUGCAGGAGAAGAUGCAGCGGGGCCUCCUGGCCCAGAAGCUGCGGCAGUACAAGCGCUUUGUGGAGAACUACCGGCGGCACAUUGUGUGCGUCACCAUCUUCUCACUCAUCUGUGCUGGCCUGUUUGCAGAGCGGGCUUACCACUACGCCUUUGCCUCGCCACCGUCAGGUAUUGCAGAGACCACCUUUGUGGGCAUCAUCCUGUCGCGGGGCACGGCAGCCAGCGUCUCCUUCAUGUUCUCCUACAUCCUGCUCACCAUGUGCCGCAACCUCAUCACCUUCCUGCGGGAGACCUUCCUCAACCGCUACGUGCCCUUCGACGCCGCCGUGGACUUCCACCGCUGGAUCGCCAUGGCUGCUGUUGUCCUGGCCAUUUUGCACAGUGCCGGCCACGUGGUCAAUGUCUACAUCUUCUCAGUCAGCCCCCUCAGCCUAUUGUCCUGCAUCUUCCCCAGCGUCUUUGAAAAUGAUGGGUCCCAGCUUCCCAAGAAGUUCUACUGGUGGUUUUUCCAGACAGUCCCAGGCCUAACGGGGGUGCUCCUGCUCCUGGUGCUGGCCAUCAUGUAUGUCUUCGCCUCCCACUACUUCCGCCGCCGCAGCUUCCGGGGCUUCUGGCUGACCCACCACUUCUACAUCCUGCUCUACAUCCUGCUCAUCAUCCACGGCAGCUUUGCCCUGAUCCAGAUGCCCCGUUUCCACAUCUACUUCCUGGUCCCAGCGCUCAUCUAUGGGGGGGACAAGCUGGUGAGCCUGAGCCGGAAGAAGGUGGAGAUCAGCGUGGUGGAGGCAGAGCUGCUGCCCUCAGGAGUGACCCACCUGCGGUUCCAGCGGCCCCAAGGAUUUGAGUACAAGUCAGGGCAGUGGGUGCGGAUCGCCUGCCUGGCUCUGAGCACCAAUGAGUACCACCCCUUCACGCUCACCUCCGCACCCCAUGAGGACACGCUCAGCCUGCACAUCCGGGCCGUGGGGCCCUGGACCACCCGCCUCAGGGAGAUCUACUCAUCCCCGACUGAUGACAGCAGUGCCAGAUACCCAAAGCUGUACCUCGAUGGACCAUUUGGAGAGGGCCACCAGGAGUGGCAUCAGUUUGAGGUGUCAGUGCUGGUGGGAGGCGGCAUUGGGGUCACCCCCUUUGCCUCCAUCCUCAAAGACCUGGUCUUCAAGUCAUCCUUGGGCAGUCAAAUGCUCUGUAAAAAGAUCUACUUCAUCUGGGUGACGAGGACGCAGAGGCAGUUCGAGUGGCUGGCUGACAUCAUCCGGGAGGUGGAGGAGAAUGACCGCCAGGACCUGGUGUCCGUGCACAUCUACAUCACCCAGCUGGCAGAGAAGUUCGACCUCAGGACCACCAUGCUGUACAUCUGUGAGCGGCACUUCCAGAAGGUGCAUAACCGGAGUCUGUUCACGGGCCUGCGCUCCAUCACCCACUUUGGCCGUCCCCCCUUUGAGCCCUUCUUCAACUCCCUGCAGGACGUCCACCCACAGGUGCGGAAGAUCGGGGUGUUCAGCUGUGGCCCUCCAGGAAUGACCAAGAAUGUAGAGAAGGCCUGUCAGCUCAUCAACCAGCAGGACCGGGCCCAUUUCAUGCACCACUAUGAGAACUUCUGA